AAAUUAAUUAAAAUUUAUUACUUUAUUUAGAUUAGUUUGUAAAGUUGCUUCAACUUUAUUUAGAUGUUAAGCGAAAAGGUUAAAAUUUACUGUCGAGGAGACGAUAGAGACUACCUAAUUUCAUAGGUUAUUGUUAGAAGAAAUAAUGUUUAAAUUUCUUCAGUUUAAUUCAAUGCUAAAACUGGCGAUUGGGUUGAAAAAGGAUAAGAACUGGGCAAAUUGAUUUGCUCUGAUGGGUCUGAAAAAGUAAUCAAAAUUAAUUUAAAAGGAACAAUAGAUUAAAUCAAUCAAAACAUAACAUUGAAUGCGCCUUCAUUUAGCUUAUGCAAUAUUAACAUUUGCGGGCAUGAUGAAUUAAAUCAUACAGAGCUUUAGCACAUGUUUAUUUGCUCCAAAUGCUCAGAAGAAGUCUGGAUAUACAGAGAUAAAUCAGUAGGAUUAAUUGUAGCUUAAAAUCUUUCAGACUUUAAUUCAAGUAAAAGACUUGAUCACAAAGAUAAAGAUUAUGAGAUUAAGUUUAGCUCAAUAAAGAAGAAUGAAAUACUUUAACCUAAAUCUCUUCUUUUUGAAGCAGAGCUGUGCUCUCAAAAUAGUCAAAGUGACAGCGAAAGCGAAGAUGAAUCUGAAAAAAUACAGUUUAAUCUAAACGAAGUUAUCUACAUAAAGGACAUCAAUUACAAUUACAAUAAUGACAGAAGCUGGAUUUUAAAAUAUGAAAAGGUUAUUUGCUCUCAUUAAAAAAUAGACCAAAACAAUAGUUGCGUCUACUGCUAUCAAGAUCUCCCCAAGCAUACAAAUAAAGUGUAUGCUGGAUUAGAUUAAAAGGAUAAAAGUGUUUUAAUUGGUAAAGAAUAUGCUGAAUAUUCUAAGAAAUUAGCUCAUUAGCAGCUUCAUAGCAAUCAAAAGCUCAUUCUUGUUUUAGAUUUGGACAACACUAUUUUACAUGCUGUCCCUGCUAUUAAGAAUGCUCUUUUUGACAAUGCAGAUGGUAUUUAAUAAGAUUCUUUCAAAGAAUUUCAUAAUAGGUAUAGUAAAUAUGUGAUUAAAUUUCGUCCUUAUAUGAAGGAAUUCUUGUAAACAGUAUUACCUCAUUAUGAGAUUUAUAUUUUUACAAUGGCCAUGCUAGAUUAUGCCAAGUGUGUUUGUGAUUACUUAAAAUAGACAUACAAAGAUAUUUUAGAUGAUUAUCCUAUGACAUUUAAUUAUGACAGAAUCAUUUCUAGAGAAUAGUUUAGCAGUAACAAUAAAGAUCUUUAACAGAUUUUACCUAAUUCUGAAAAAAUUAUGCUUAUUUUGGAUGACAGAGAUGAUGUUUGGGCUAAAAACAAAAUGAAUUUAGUAACUACUCUCCCUUAUAUUUAUUGGUGGGAAGGAAGUGACAGUUUUAACGAAUAAGCAUUCAAAGCUAUUGAUUAAAUCUAUGUUAACAGAGCUAACUAUCACAGAUAAUUAAGUAAAAAUUUUAAGAAGUCAAUUAAAUCUUAGUCAUAAACUCCAGCUAAUGAUGGUACAAAUGGUAGCAAGAAUUCUGAUAGUUAAAAUGAAUUAAAUGACUAAAAAAGUUUAAAAGAUAGCACUUAGGAAGCAAAUUCAGAGAUUACAGUAGAAAAGUAAGCAAAGUAAUCAGAAAAAAGCUAAAAUAGCAAUCAAGAAACUAAUUAAGAGGAAUAAAGUGAUAAAAUAAAUAGUUCUUAAGAUAAAACAUAAUAAACAAAUGAAUAAGAUAGUAAAACUUAAAAUAACAAAUAAGAAAUAAGAAUUGACGAAGAGAACCAAAAGACUGAGAUUGAAAACCAAGAUAGUUCAAAUGAAGACAAAUAAAAUGAGACUACAGAAAAUUAAGGUAUUCCAGAAAAUGAAGAAAAAAUGGAUUUGGAAUAAGAUGAGUAGAAUCAACUAGGUGAUUAAAGUGAAUAACAAAUUACUCAAGAAUACCCAAGUUUCAAUUAAAGGGAAUCUGAAAUGGAUUUAUAAAUUGAUUCUGUACAGUUGGAAGAAUAAACAAAAGCACCAAAUUAAACCAUACAAGAUGAAUAAAAAAAUUAAGUAAAUUAGAAUCCUUAAUCUGCUUCCACAAUAUUUUUGGAGGAAAAAAAGUACAGACCAAAGUACAAAGAAUAAAUAUUGAAUUAAUACAAUAAUUAUACUUUUUGGAAAACAAACUAGUCUUUACAAUACAAGCUAACGGUAAUUAAAAAAACAGACAACUACUUACUCUUUGCAGCACCUAUAUUGGUUCAUUUAAAAAACAAGUAUUACGAAGAAAGCGAUGAAAGUAAAAGAGACAUCAGAUAAGCCUUCUCAUAUUAUACUUCUCAAAUUUUAAAAGGCGUAAAAAUUUUGGUGUCAUCAGUUAUUAGAAAAGACAAAAAUGAAACAGCUGAAAAUAAUAUAAUCUGCUAAAGAUUUUAGAGAAUGGGAGGAACCUUGGUUGAAAAACUAAAAAACGAUUAAGAAAUUCAUUAUUUAGUCAUUGGAAGUUCUCCUAGAAAAGACAAACUAAGCAAGGCUAUAGAAAAAAAUAUUCCAAUAAUUUCCUACAAAUGGAUAGAAUACUGCUGGUACUAUAACUACAAAUUUGACAUUUAAAUUUUUGAAGUCAACAAAACUGAUUUUACUUUCAAGAAAAAUGACUAAUUGAUUCAACAAGAGCUUUUUGAUAAAUAUUAAAAUCUAAUUUCAAUUUGA